AUGGAAAGCUUUCAGAAGGAGCAACUGAAUCCCAUGUCAACCCCCUCUGUCAACUUCCUCGAAGCACUUCCCGAUGUCGUCUUCUAUGCGGUGAUGGAGAAACUUCCAGCGCGCGUCAUCGAAAAUUGUGUUCGAUUGCUCUCAAGGGAUUGCUUUAGGAGGUUUGAUGUAUGUCAAUUGGGAAAUGUUUGCAAAUUGCAAUAUAAGACCAACGCAAGAGCUAACGAUUUAUGCGCCGAUUUUUUCACGAAUGAUUAUGCGGUUGGAUUGCAGGAAGUUUGGUUGGAGGGUUGGGGGAAUGAUCCAUUGAAUGACACGAUCUUGUUGAAUUCACGUCUUUUGCGUGUUCUUGUUGUUGACUUUCCAAGAACCGGGUGCACUCUUAAUGGGAUUCAAACGUGGCUCGGAGACUGGUUCACUUCAGGGCGUCAAAUUGAUAGAAUUUCUCUUCGAGCAGUUGGCGGAGAAGCAGAACUUCAAAAGUUCUUGCACAACUUAUCUGGAUGGCAAAAUAUAAAACGGUCGAUAGAUUUGUACCAGGCUAUUGUGAAUCAGGCAGUUUUGGAUUCUGCGUCACGCGAAAAGUGCCUUGUCGGGAAGAGGACUUGGCAUUUCGUCGGA